UUUCAGAGAAGGUGUUUAGCAAAUGUCUCGUGAGCAGUUGGUUCGGUCGCGCUCGCGAACAGGACGCUAACACUCACUAUAGCACUGGCAUUACCUUGUUUAGAAGGGAUUUUAUACAUUUUGCCGAAUUUGUGGCAGACAGAUAUUGGAUUUUUUUUGACAGCAACGACAAGAGCAAUUUGCAUCGCGCAGUUCACACUACAUUUUCAGCUUAAGAGUGUUGAAUUUUAGAAGCGACGACGGUGAAAAUCCUGAUUAUGGUUAAUAUAGUGGGUCGUCGUAUAAGCUUCAUCGAUUUAUGUUCCCUUGUCAGAGACUUGUAAAAAGGACAAUAUCGGAUGCGCAAAUUCAAAAAGAGAUCAAUGCCAAGGAGGUCGGCAAGUUGCGUGUUUCGGUUUUAGAAAGAUGGCAAGACGUGGAGUUGAGAGAGAAGCUGUUAGAUAUCUGGCAUAACAUUAGCCCCUCCUCUGUACAUGCGUUGGUGAAUUCUCACAUGAUGAUUAGCAUAUUUCGUCAUUUUCCAAGUCAAGUACGAGAAGGAGCAAAACUCGCGACAGUAUGCGCGCCAGAACUGUUGUCGCAAGUAGACCUGAACCAAACUGCGCUCCAUAGGACCCAUCCAGAAUUCUGGAUCGAUUUGCUGUGCCAGAGUCUUGAAAAUAACGCGGACGAAAACAACCGCAUGCGGCAAAUGUAUCGCGAAAUGUUUAAGAAAAAAAUUAAGCACUAUUGGUUCGACAUUGCCAUGGAGUCUUAUCGCUCGUUGUUCUUACUUCAAGCAGCAGAACUUAUCUUGGAUCAUGCAGAACUCAUCCUAAAAUCAACCAGUGACCCAACCAACGACAGCACUCUAGCACAGCCUUCUCACUUCAAUGCGUCUCCAUAUUUUCAGGCCGGCAUGCAAACGCAGCAAGAGCAUCUUCGCAUUUUCUCUACGGAAGAUUGGAUGCGCGACUUCAUCCCCCACAUGGUAGGUGCCAUGAACGGUGAUCAGGCGUCCACUAGUACAGUAAAAUAUAAAGCAGAAAUCGAAAAAAAUCCAGUCGCUCAGCACUAUUUAGGCAGGCUUUACUCUUCCGGCACCUCCUGUCUUCCAAAAGACAUUGACAGGGCUAUCUAUUGGCAAAAGCAGUCUGCAAAUGCCGGGUAUGCCGUCGCGCAAGACGAUCUGGGAUCUUACUACUUCUCACAGCGCGAUUUUUCUCGCGCCAAAAAACUCUUCAAGCAAAGCGCCCGCACUGGAUACAUUCGUGGACAGCUUCAUCUCGGUGACCUGUACUCCAAAGAAUUUGAAUUUAAUAGCCACAAUUACAAAGCCCUCAUCAAAUCGCUCAACUGCUACCUAGCGGCUUCCACCAAUAUGUGGUAUUCCAACCAAGAAGAAUGGGUCGCAUCUAUCGCUAGAUCAAGGAUAGACUCACUCAAGACGACAAUCCUUUCACAGCUACAUAAUUUCACCGUACAACCCAUAUCCGGUUCACACCACUCGCCUCUCUUCUCACGCCGCGUCAAGAAGACGCUCGUGUCCACCGGUAAAAUUCUGCUGAUCUUAUUCCUCUCGCUGCUGGCCGGCGUAUUUUUCAUUUUCAUCUUCUUAUAACCAGCCUAUCGCCGAGUACACAUAGCACGAGCAAGACGUCACUCUCUUGCAAAGAGAGAUGUGCAUUGUAUCAUUGCGCAAUUUGAAAAAGUAUUGUGUAUGAUAUAACGUAUGCACAUUUUUUUGUGCGCGCCUGACUUUUAAUAAAAUUAUUUUCUAUACCGUA